AUGCAGCAGCUCCACGCGCUGCUCUUCUGUGCUGUCGCCGGAGUCAUCCUCGCCGCCAGCGGCUCACUACGAGCACAGCGUCUCGAUCCCAAGCUGCCGUCGUCGGCAGCGAACACCUCGACGUCAUGGACGAACUCGGCCGACGACCAAAUCCGCUACGGCGAUGGCUCCGUCGCCCGCGUUGUGCUCCUCUCGGACUCGGCUGGCGCCUCCAACGACGCCCCGGCCUUCGCCUGCGGCUUCUUGUGCGGCCCGGCGUGCGACCACCGGAGCUUCCUGUUCGGCGUCUUCCUGGUCACCACAAACAGCGCCGGCGAUGUCGUGGCCGCUGCCCCGCGGCCUGUAACGGUGUGGUCAGCCAACCGCGACAGGCCGGUCCCUGACAACGCCACGCUCCAGCUCACCGACGCCGGCGACCUGGUCCUCCACAGCGCAGACGGCGCGUUCGUCUGGUCGACCAACACCUCCGGCCUCGCCGUCGCCGGCGUGCGCCUCGCCGACUCAGGAGACUUGGUCCUCUUCGACAACAGGAGCUUCCCCGUGUGGCAAUCCUUCGACCACCCGACGGAUGUGCUCGUCCCAGGGCAGUACCUCCGCCCCGGGAUGAGGCUGACGGCGAACGCCUCGGCCGCCAACGUCUCCGAGGGCUCGCUCUACGUCUCCGCCGGGAAUGACGGCCUGUCCGGCUUCGUUGGGCACGAUCCUCCCCAGCUCUACUUCACAGCUCCGGUCAGCAACUCCAUGAAGCUGCUUGCAAACAUCACGUUCUUGAACGGUAGCAUCUCUGCAUUUGGACAGUCAUCUUCUUCCUCCUCGCCCGAAAUCAUGAUCUCGCUGCCUGUGGCGCGCUCAGUUCAGUUCAUCCGUGUGGAAUCCGACGGGCACAUGAGGCUCUACGGAUGGAAUUUGUCAUCGUGGGUGUUCAUCCACGAGGUGCUACAUAAGUACAUCGCCGGUGACUGCGAGUACCCGAUGGCAUGUGGCAGCUAUGGCAUCUGCUCAGGUGCCGGGAGAUGCAGUUGCCCAGCGACGUAUUUUCGGAGAGCAAGUCUCAGAUGUGAACCGAUAAACCCGAUUUCUUGCCAGAACACAAAGAAUAUAACAAUGGUGAAGCUUCCAGAUGUUACUUACUUCAAUUACGAUGGCUCAGGAGCAAUCGUGCAUGACAAGGUCACACAACCAGAUUGUCUUUCAGGUUGUUUGGCGAAUUGUUCUUGCAAGGCUGCUUAUUUUAAGACCAGGGUGAACGACACAAACGGUACGUGUUUCCUUCAGUCACAGCUAUUCUCAUUGCAAGAACUUCAGACUGCGGUACCAAGCCUAUACAACUCCGAGGCAUUUAUCAAGGUUGUCCAAAUUAUAAAAUUUGCAAUGUCUCGUCCUCCUAUGAAGAAGACGUUUGGGACGGGAAUGCUAAUAGGUAUAACAAUUGGAAGUGUUGCUUUGAUCCUUUCUAUUGCUCUGCUCAUUACGAUGAGAAAAUGCAGACAACGGGAGGAUGGAGAUCAUAUUGAACAUUUGCCCGGGAUGCCAAGAAAGUUUAGUUUUGAGGAGCUGAAACUAUCCACUUGGGAUUUCUCCAAGAAGAUCGGUGAAGGUGCAUCCGGGAUCGUCUUUGAAGGGAUGAUAGAGAACGAAAGCGUUGCAGUGAAACGUUUGGAGAGUGUUGCUCGGCGUAAAGAGGAGUUUCUUUCAGAGGUUCAGACCAUCGGCAGCAUUCAUCACGUCAACCUUGUCCGAAUGAUUGGGUACUGCAUUGAGAAAAGCCACAGGCUUCUGGUCUACGAGUGCAUGUCAAAUGGAUCGCUGGACAGAUGGGUCUUUGACGAACAAGAAAGCCCCUUUGAUUGGCGAACAAGACACAAGAUCGUGUCUGACGUUGCUAGGGGCUUGUGCUACCUUCAUGAAGGGUGCAGGCAAAGGAUCGUUCAUCUGGACAUCAAACCACAAAACAUCCUCCUCGAUGACCAGUUCAAUGCCAAGCUCUCCGAUUUCGGACUCGCCAAACUGGUUGACAGAGACAAGAGUAGAGUGAUGACUAGAAUGAGAGGAACACCGGGGUAUCUGGCCCCAGAAUGGCUGACCUCCACCAUAACUGAAAAGGCAGAUGUUUACAGUUUCGGCGUCGUGGUGAUGGAAGUGAUGUGUGGCAGGAGAAACCUGGACCACUCCCAGCCUGAAGAAGCCUUCUGCCUGAUGAGAUUGCUGCAAGAGAACGCCAGAAAUGACAAGCUUCUGGAUAUGAUCGACCGUCGGAUGGAGGACAUGCAGCUUCAUUCUGAAGAUGUAAUGCGCAUGAUGCGCCUCGCAAUGUGGUGCCUGCAGCUUGAUAGCAACAGAAGGCCUUCGAUGUCGACCAUUCUAAAGGUUCUGGAGGAUGCAUCCGCUGUGCAGGAAAAUCUCGACUUCAAUUUCGUUAUUACCAGUUCAUCAAUCUUCAGAGAAGGAUGCUUGGAUGAAUCAGAUCUUCCUUCAUCGUCAGUACUGUCUGGACCACGGUGAUCCAUAACUAUAAGUGUUGCGAUGUAUCUGACCGGGUAAGUGCUUCUUUCGUUAUCACGAUGUCAUACAUGAUCUUCCAUCAGCAUCGCUGCUAACUAACCUCCAUAUAUAGUACCAUUUUAUGUGGUACAAUCCAUGUACCAUGUUUGAGCACGUCUCUAUAGAAAAAAAAACUAUAUGUAUACUUACUUUGUUUUCACAAGGAUUAGAUUAUUUCAUAAAGACU